UGCUGAAAGAAAAGUACCUUUCGAUGAAAUCGAAGGAAUAGCUUCGACCAAUGUUCUUGCAUAUCCAAACAAAAAUAGUUGUCUAUUAAACACUGGUCGAAACUAUCUCUACGACAUAUUUACUGGCUAUCAAUGGCAAUGUGUUGAAUUCGCUCGUCGUUGGUUAAUCUUACGAAAAAGCUGUACGUUUUGUAAUAUUUCUUGUGCUGAUAAUAUGUGGAAUAAAUUGCACUAUAUUGAACAAAUCACUGACGGAAAACAUUUUUCUCUUCGUGCAAUUUUCAAUGGUUCUUCAAAACCACCAACAAAAGAUUCUUUGCUCAUUUAUCCUCGAAGUCUCAAUAUGCCUUUUGGGCACGUAACUGUUAUCACUGAUGUUGUCAACGAUCAUAUUCAUAUCGCUGAACAAAAUCAUCAUUUUACUUAUUGGCCAGUAGAUUAUGCACGACGAGCUCCGAUUCGACAUCAAAAUGGAAAUUAUUUCAUUGACGAUGCAGAUCCAAUCUAUGGAUGGAUGGAAAUCGAAAACAAUGAACAACUUGAACUAUUUGACGAAUCGAAGAUCAAUUUGAUUCGUGAUGAAUAUCGAAAUCCACCAUCGAAAGGAAUCUUUGAUUACUUAUUCACAUCAGAUAGAAGAAAAGAUUCAAAAUCAACGACUAAAAACGAUUACUGUGAUUGA